CCUCCCAAUAGGCUACAGAGUAACCAGUCUGCCUCGUGUAUCCAAAUUGCUCAGUCCGUCUGGCUACUUUGUCGCCCCUUCCGCACUUCCUUUUGCGGCUGUUCCUAUGAUUUAUUGACGUUCUUUUAGCCGUUCCCUUCUGACCUUGUUUCUCCAUCCCGGGAGCGUCCAGAACCGCUUCUCUUCUGGGUCUCAGUUUCCCCAUCAGCACAAGCCCUGGAUGCUCUCACCUGCACAAAGCGGGGAUGAACCAGACGAAGGGAAGGGGAUAAGCAUUUAUUAAGCUCCAAUGGUGUGCCAGGCACUCAAUCCGGUACCUUGGCUGGCCCACCUCCUGGCCUCAGUGUCCUCUCCAGAACAAGGAACGGCAGGCCUGGGUGAUCUCUAAGGUCUUUUUCAACGCUAAACCUCCUUGCCCCGGGCCUCAGUUUCCCCGCUUGCACAAAGAGCGGAUGGGAUAGUUAGGGGUUCCUUCCUCCCCUUGGGGCAGCUUGGCCUGUGGAACACUCCGUAGAGAUCGUUAAACAGUCACAACCGUCGCCCGCAGCUACCUCCCACCACCCCCCUCUCCCUGCCGCCGCGAUCGCCUCCCCCUCCUUUCCUUCCUCCUCCCUCCCCUCCCCCGAGUACACGGGGUCCGGCCGGUUCCAGGGGAAGCCGGGUGGGAGUGGAGGGGGCGGGGCACUUAGGUCGAGCACAGCCAAUCCGAGCUCUCCGCUCCUGGUCCGAUCCUCUCUGAGCCUCGCCAUUGGGCGGCGCCUGGGUCUCGGCCCACCGAGCCCUGGGGAGGCCGAGCCAAUCGGGCAGCGGAUCGGGGCCCGGACCGGCUCCGGGCUGGGAGUGUCGACGGGCCUGGGCGGGGCAAAAGGAGGGCGCGAGCGGCGCGAGGCCGGCCCGGGCGCUCCUCCCCAAUCCGCGCGCCGCGCUGCAGCCUCCGCCGCUGCCGCCACUGGGGAACCUCCUGCAGCAAAGCUCUGCUCGGCCGGUCCCCGGGAGCCCGCCGCCUGCACAAGAUCCCCCGGAGCCUGCAGCGCGCGCCGAGAGAACGCCUCCAGAGUCCGCAGCCUGCGUGCGCCCCCUGCGCGCGCGGAGAGAACGCCCCCGGGAGCCUGCAGCGCGUUCCCAGCGCGGGACGGGAUGGAGCCAGCGGUGUCCCUGGCAGUGUGCGCGCUGCUCUUCUUGCUCUGGAUCCGGGUGAAGGGGCUGGAGUUCGUCAUCAUCCACCAGCGCUGGGUCUUCGUGUGCCUCUUUCUCCUGCCGCUGUCCUUCAUCUUCGACAUCUACUACUACCUGCGCGCCUGGGUGGUGUUCAGGCUCAACAGCGCGCCGCGGCAGCACCGCCAGCGGGUCCAGGACAUCCAGAAGCAGGUGCGGGAAUGGAAGGAAGAAGGAAGCAAGACCUUCAUGUGCACGGGCCGGCCCGGCUGGCUCACCGUGUCUCUGCGGGUCGGGAAGUACAAGAAAACCCACAAAAACAUCAUGAUCAACCUGAUGGACAUCCUGGAAGUGGACACCAAGCGGCAGAUUGUCUCUGUGGAGCCUUUGGUCACUAUGGGCCAGGUGACGGCGCUGCUCAAUUCUGUGGGCUGGACUCUGCCCGUUCUCCCAGAGUUGGAUGACCUCACAGUAGGAGGCCUCAUCAUGGGCACCGGCAUCGAGUCCUCGUCCCAUCGCUUCGGGCUGUUCCAGCACAUCUGCACGGCCUACGAGCUGGUCCUGUCCGACGGGAGCUUCGUGAGGUGCACCCCGACAGAGAACUCGGACCUGUUCUACGCGGUGCCCUGGUCCUGCGGCACGCUGGGCUUCCUGGUCGCCGCCGAGAUCAGGAUCAUCCCCGCCAAGAAGUAUGUGAAGCUGCGGCUGGAGCCCGUGCGCGGCCUCAAGGAGAUCUGCGCCAGGUUCACCGAGGAGUCCCAGAGGAAGGAGAACCACUUUGUGGAAGGCCUGCUGUACUCCCUGGAGGAGGCGGUCAUCAUGACGGGCGUCAUGACCGACGACCUGGAUCCCAGCAAGUUGAACAGAAUUGGUGACUACUACAAGCCCUGGUUCUUCAAGCAUGUGGAGGAAUACCUGAAGAAAGACCAGAAAGGGCUGGAGUACAUCCCCUUGCGACACUACUACCACCGCCACACCCGUAGCAUCUUCUGGGAACUCCAGGACAUCAUCCCCUUCGGCAACAAUCCCAUCUUCCGUUACCUCUUUGGCUGGUUGGUGCCUCCCAAGAUCUCCCUGUUAAAGCUGACUCAAGGCGAGACCCUGCGCAAAUUGUAUGAACAGCACCAUGUGGUACAAGACAUGUUGGUCCCCAUGAAGGUGCUGGAGAGCGCCAUCCAGACCUUCCACAAUGACCUCCAUGUCUAUCCCAUCUGGUUGUGCCCAUUCAUCUUGCCCAGCCAGCCAGGCAUGGUCCACCCCAAGGGGGAUGAGACAGAGCUCUACGUGGACAUCGGGGCCUACGGAGAACCACGGGUGAAGCACUUUGAAGCCAGGUCUUGCAUGAGGCAGAUGGAGAAAUUUGUCCGAAGUGUGCAUGGGUUCCAAAUGCUGUACGCCGACUGCUACAUGAACCGGGAGGAGUUCUGGGAGAUGUUUGACGGCUCCCUGUACCACAAGCUCCGGAAGGAGCUGAACUGCAAAGACGCCUUCCCUGAGGUGUUUGAUAAGAUCUGUAAGGCCGCCCGGCACUGAGGCUUCCCGUCCCCCAACCCCGCCAGGCCCUGGCACCCCCUGGGCCUCCCCCUACCCGGGGCCAGGCUCCGCUGCUCUGCCCACCCGUCCGCCUUCUUUGAAAUCGCCUUUCUCUUCAGACGAAAAGGAUCCGCCUCCUCCGGCCAGCCCCGCUCGCAGACCCAUGGAACAUCCCCGGGGGCGGCUCCUGACCAGAAGAGGCUUGGGCAGGUGCCUUCAGGAGCCGCCCCGCGCGUGCCCGGUGGCCUCUGGGAAAGUGGGGAGCGCCCGAUGGCCGGGAGCCCUUCUGGGGGCGCAUCCCGCCCUCCUGGCCUCCCGCCAUCUUCCCAAGCCCGGCCUCACCCAGGCAGCAUUGAAUGAAGGACCCCCCGGCCCCAGGGAAACGGAUCCUUCCCCAGAGCCCACUGCGGCCGUGUCCAGGCCCCCGCGGCUGGAGCCAGCCAGCCAUCAGUGCCUUGCACGGCGUGGGCACUUCGUGCUUGGGGAGCCUCUGGCGGCUCUGGGGCCGAUUCCCUCAGGGAGUGGGAAGCUCUAGAGGCUGUGGGAGUGCCGCCGCUCCCCGCGCUCUCCAUCCUCCCCGAAGGCUGCCGUCGGCACGGCGGGGCAGCCUGGGUCCGUGCCGGCCUGCUCUGGGGAGCUGAGGAGCUGGCCCGGGGGCCCGGGGGCUUCUGGGGCGACCCCCGCACGACAUCAUCCGACAGUAUUCGCUCACAGCUUGGCCCACUUUGAGUUGUCCCCCCCCCCCCCCCCACCUCCUCCAGCGGCUGACUACGGUUCAUUUCAGUGCCUUACAGAAAUCUGAAGCCUGGCGAGAACUUGGAACGGUUCUUGUCUUCCCUUCCCCGGGGAGAGGACCCCCAAAGGUACCCCAGCCCUUGGCCCGAUUCACCAAGAUUCAUCCUUAUUUAUGCAAAGCUCAGCUUAGGGGCUCUCUGGAACGAGGAUUCAGACCGGAGGGGGGGGGGGGGUCCCAGCAGAACCGGCCAGCUGACCCCCUGACACUCCUGAUGGGGCUUGAAUGGCUGUUCUCAGCAUUUCCUCCUCCCUCCGGCUGCGAAGGCGGAAAGAUGGCCCAAAGGGCCCGGAACGUGGCCGCCUCGCGCGGUCCUCGCCGGAGGCUCUGCCCAAGCUGGUGGCCGCUUCCAUCGCGCUACAGUCUGCUCUCAAAGCAUUCUGCCUUGUGUCUUAACCAUACAUUCUAUGCAUCGCUUAGGACAUUGUGGGCGCUCUGGCAGGAAAGGGAUGACCCUGGCCCCAGCGAGGCCUCGCCGCAGGGCUCGGUUCCCUGCUUAGCCCAUGAUUCUACGGGUCGUAGAGGAGAGGCUACCGGCAGGAGUGGAGCCCAGCCUCGUGCGCAGGCUCUCUCGGACGCUCUGGAGUAAAACCAGAAACCGCCGUCUUUGAACCCUACCGAGAAGUCCGGCUCAGCCAAGGUGACCAGAAGCCUCCAAGAGCCCUCCGAUUCUGAGUGUGGCAUCCGGAAUCGAGCGUGGUUUGUUGUAGAAUUUGCCUCAGGUUCCUGCUUCGUCUCAGCGUAACUCCCUGAGUGUCCUUGGCCAAGUCACUUAGAGCCUCUUCCGUAGCAUGAGGGGCUCAGCCCGAGCCCAGCCUCAAGGGCUCCUCCAGCCCCAGGGUUCUGCAAUGGCAUAUCCUUCGAGCUUUGGCAUUCCCUGUUCUAGACCCCUCCCGGCGCUGCCAUUCCUUCCAGCUCUGCCUUUCCUGUUCCCUGAGGUCUCUCCCAGCGUGGACACAUCCUGUUUCUAAGGCUGAGGUGUCAGAACUGGAGGCCAAUUGCUGUAAAACUCUGGAGGGGGGCCCAAACCAGAUUAAAAUGGAAUUGGGGACUUUUUUAACCAAAAAAAUAAAAAUACCCCAAAGAUCAUGUUCAUUCGUGACUUCCUAAGUCCUUAAUGCAGCUUGCGGAGUUUGACACCCCUGCCCGAAGGUCCCUCCCAGCUCCGACAUUCUCCGUUCCAUCUCUCAUGGUCUGCUUGUGAACUCUUAUUUUCGCACUGACAUUCUGUUCUGACCUUUUGGGUUUCGGAGCUCCCGUUCAACGGAGACAUUCUAGUCUGGGAAAUGCUAUGCAGGAAGAUGCAGCACACUGAAUCCAACAUGAGCCAUCCGUGCUUAGGGAGCCCCCUCCCCCGGACUUGCUCCUGUGUCCUGACGUUCGAAUCUGGGGCAGAAAGCGUGCAUGUGAAGAGUGAUGCCGUGGCAGCCACCAGAGUGGUUCGGCCACCCCACUAUUUCUUGUGACUGGUGUAAGAAUUUCAGCAGUUUCUUUUAUGGCAAAAAUGAGUCAUUUUAAUUGUGGGGAUGAGGUGGGGGGAGGACUACUGAUCAGGUUGUGGCGAAGAGGCAGCAGAGCUUGGGAGAGGCCCCUCGGGCUCGCAGAGCUGGGGGAGCCACAGUGAAGAAGCCCGACUGUUCUUCCCACCUCCCCAACGUGUUUGUGUGACUGUUGUCCAAAUAAAGUAACCCAGGAACCA